AGCAUGGCAGCAUUGUCUUUGGUUUGCCACCUGUGCUGAAGCUUUGCACCUGAGAGAUCCUGUCUGAGCGUUGCUCUGUGAUUCAAAUUGAGCUGGAUCACGAAGAAACUCCAAAACAAACCAAACAAUGUGAUAUUUCUGCUGAGAUCGGAGGACUUAUGGAUUUGGCGACGCUGCUGUAAAUCAUGAGGAAACCAGUUCUGAAAAGACCUCUGUUUGUGCUCCUGGGCAUUUGUUUCCUGUGGUGUCUGAGCCUGCCCUAUAUUAUUCUGACUAAAGUUGACCAGAGGAGCGCCAGUGUGACUGCUGACAGCAGACUAAGACAGAACAGGAAAGUGUGGCUGGAAACAAGCAAGUCCCAAGAUGUGAUGGAGAUGUUUGGCAAGUUUGUGGACGAUCUGCUGAACGUCGUUGAAUCAGACGAUAAUGUCUCGUCAGUGCUACGUUUUAAAGGCUACAAAGAGGAAAUAAAAGCUGCUGAGGAGAAAAUGGAAGCAGAGAAAGCGAAAGGUCAGAUGAAGGAUGAGAUGAUAAAGGAGCUACGUGCCGAUAAAGCCCAACUGCGGCAAGAAGUGACCCGCUUGGAGGAGCUCCUGAAGCUGCAGCUGAAGAAAGAGGAACAAGUAAAAGCUGAGGAUGAAAUCCCAGAAGAUAAAAAUUGCCCACUGCCAGCUUUGGAUGGAUUUCCUCAGUGUAAGGAGAAAAUCAAGUGGAUGAAGGACAUGUGGAAGACAGACCCCUGCUACAGCAGUUAUGGUGUGAAUGGAUCCCUGUGCUCCUUCCUCAUCUACCUCAGCGAGAUAGAGUCCUGGUGUCCCGUUCUUUCAGGCCGCGUCGUCCCUUCGGUCAAAUCAGAAACCAAACAGCCAGGAUUGGAGCAUGCAGCGGUAUCCAGACAUCUUCAAGGUCUACACCAGGAUCUGCAUAAUAAGACUGAAUUUCGUUGGAUCCAACAGAGAAUAAAGAGUAUGGAGGAGAUCUGGGUGGAGGCAGGAAGUUCUCUUUCAUCCAAAUACAACCUCGCAGAGCGGACAGCUAAACAG